AUGCAGGGGUGGCACGUGGUGGCGUUGCUCGCGGCUGCGCUCCCUGCCUCCGCCAAGAGCCCCAACAGCCUCGGCAAAGAGCUGCUCAGCGCCGUGCUCGCCGACGAUGUCAUCGCGGCGGCGUCCAUUUUUGCUCAGUCCGAGCCGGCCGAGGCGAACCGGCUGGCAAACGCGAUGGACUGGCGCGGCAAGUCGGUGCUCAUGCACGCGGCGUCGCGCGACUUCCCAAAGAUUGUCAAGCUGCUCCUGCAGAACAAGGCCCGGCCCGACGCCUCCGACUACUCUGCCGGCGGCGUCACCGCACUCAUGCUCGCGGCGAGGAACGGCUCGGUCGCCGCCGCCGAGGCGCUCGUGGCGGGAGGGGCGUCGGUGCACGCGACGACGCCGGCGGGCACGUCGGUGCUGAUGCACGCCGUCGCCAACGGCUCCGCCCCUCUCGUCGAGAUGCUCCUCACCUCGGGCGCGAACGCCUCCCACCAGGACCGCUCCGGUGCGACCGCGCUCUCGCUCGCCGCCGGCCUCUCCCACACCGCACCGCUCGCCUCGUUGCUCGCGCACGGGGCGGACGCCGCCGCGGCCGACGCGCAAGGCUCGACCGCUCUGAUGGUGACGCCGCUGAUGGAGGCGGCGCGCUCCACACACGGCUUCGAGGCGCUCAUCGAGGCCGGCGCCGCCAUCAACGCGAUUGGGAGCGGCGGGUCGACGGCCCUCGCCGUCGCCGCGGGCGCGGGCAACGGCCCGGCGGCCAAGGCGGACGUGAACGCCGCGAGCCCCGACGGCUCCACCCCGCUGAUGAUGUCUGCGGAGAACGGAUCGCUGCCGAUUGCGCUGCUCUCUCGCGGGGCGGACACCAACGCCGCGCGCAGCGACGGCGUCGCCCCCUUCCAUUGUUGUGGCGCACGCCUUACCGCGCUCAUGGCUGGCGCGGACUGCACUCUGAUGACGGCCACCGCAAUCACGCCGCUCAUCGUCGCGGCGGCGGCGGGCGAGGCGGAGGCGGUGGAGGCGCUGCUCGCGGUGGCGGAGCUGGUGGCCAAGGAGGAGGGCGCGAUGAGCGAGGCGGAGGUGGAGGCGCGGCGGCAGCGGCUCGAGGCGUACUUCCGCGCCGGCUCCACCGCGCUGAUGCACGCCUCCGCCCUUGGACACGACACGAUCGUCGCGCAGCUGCUCGCCGCCGGGGCGGACGCCGCCCCGGUCGACGCCGACGGGCAGUCGGCGCUCUGCCACGCCGUGGCUGCGGGCUGCUCCAAGCCGGCGCGUCCCCCGACCCGCCCCUCGCCAACGGCGGGCGCGGCGCCCACGCCCGCGGCAGACGCUGCCGGCGCCUCGGCGGUGGCCCCGCUGCUCCUUGCGGCGCAGUCUGGGUCGACCAAGUUGGUGCGGCUGCUGCUGCAAAAGGGCGCGAGCGCGGCGUGCGCGUCCGAGGCGGGUGUGACUCCGCUGAUGCUGCUGGCGAUGUCGGGCAACCUGCCCGCAGUCAAGCUGCUCCUCGAGGCUGUGGCGGACGGGCCGCCCGAGCUAAUGGCGGCGGCGCAGCCGCGGGUCGUCGCGGAGCUCCUCGGCGCGCGCGCGUCGGUCAACUUGCGCGAUCUGUCGGGGCAGACGGCGCUGGGCGCCGCGUUCGACGGGUUGCAGCAGAUCGCGCGCUACGUGAUGGCGGCGCUGCUCGCGGCGGGCGCGGAGCCGUCCCUCAUCGACACGGACGGCAACACGCUCGACGCGAACACGGUGGUCGCGACGCACCGCGCGCUGGCGGGCGAGAGCGCCGCCGCCUCCGACGGCGCCAAGGAUGAGCUCUGA